CCACCCAUGCACUUGUGCCGACAUCGAGCAAACCUCUACCGAUGAGACAAUGAGUGAGUGGAUCCGCUCUGAUAAAAUCUCGCUGAUGAGACAAUGCGUGGGUGGAUAUGUUCUGAUAAAAUCUCGCUGAUGAGACAAUGCGUGGGUGGAUCUGAUCUAAUCUGGAUCGGGAUCGCUGAGGGCUCUCCAUAUAAAAGGGGGUGCCGUGGGCGAAGGGAGGCGACGCAGCCGAUUUGUUUAACGAUGGCGAACCUGCGAGUUCUUCUACUGCUCCUGACCAGCUUCCUCUGCCUGGGCUCCGUCCUCGCGAGGCUUCGCCAGUCGCUGGGACCGCGGACGCUGGGGGAGCCGAGUGGUCUGCUGAAGCAAUGCCUCUCCUCCACUCUGGGUUUCUCUGUGGGAUGGAGCAGCUCCUCUGACAACGAUUACCGUGUCUUUGUACGGGCGGUGCGGAAUGAGGCCGUGGAUGUGGAGUCUUUGCAGGGGGCGUGCGGCUUCUCCAUCGCGAGGGACGAUGCUGGGCUCCACUUCACCGCUGCUGGUGAUGCCUGCCACGUGCGCGUGGAGGACGGCAGGAGGAAGGUCCAGGUGGAGUUGCGGCAGGGACUAAAUGGACGCGUCUGGGCUUUCACCAUUGACUGCCCUGAGAACCUCAGAUCGGCGAGGGCUGGAGAGAUCGCCACGUGCUCUGGUCAGAGCAGGAACUUCCCAUGCAACGCUGUGCAGAGUGUCCCGAGCGCGGAUGUCUGUGCACAGAGUGGCUGCUGCUACGACACCACUCUACGCCGCUGCUUCUACAGUGAAGCUGUGUGCACCACAGAUGGGCGCUUUGUGGUGCCUGUGUCUCGGAACCUAACGUCUCCACCGCUGGACUUGAGCACCGUGCACCUGACUGGCGGUAGCGGUGCGCAGUGCAGCCCUGUGCUGGUGUCUGCAGACCUUGCAGUCUUUGACGUGCCCAUGGCAGCGUGUGGUGCCACUGUGCAGUGGAGUGGGCAAGAGCUCGUGUACGAGUUACUGUUGGCCUCUGAGCGGGAGCUCUGCGUCGAUGGAAACGUCGCAAUCACCAAGUCGUCCACAUACAAGAUGGUUCUUCAAUGCCACUUCCUUGGAAGUGGAGACCUGCAGCUUGGAGUGCAGGUGAGCACUCUGCCACCGCCACCUCCAGCCACGGCCACUGGACCCCUCUCCCUGCUGCUCCAGGUCUUCACUGACAACUCCUACACCACGCCGUACCAGCCCUGGCAGUACCCGCUGGUAACGCUUCUGGGAACGCCGCUCUACGUGCAGGCAUCACUGCUGCACCGCUCUGACCCGACACUGGUGCUCUUCCUGAAGGACUGCUGGGCCACGCCCACGGCAGUUGCCACCGACCCCACGCAGUGGAAGCUUGUGACGGAUGGCUGCCCCGUGCAGUCUCCUUGUUGCAGUGUGUUCUUCCCUGGUGUCGCUGACCUGCCACUGCCUUCUCACUACAAGCGUCUGGCACUCCAGGCCUUCGCCUUCAUGAACUCUGACCGCAGCACCACCCGUGACCUCGUGUACCUACACUGCUCUAUCCUGGUGUGCGACAGCUCCAGCCCCAACUUCGUCACCGAGUGCAAUCGGCAGUGUGGACAGACCAGGCGCUACAAGCGCAACGCUGUCUCUGAGGCUUCCAGCGUGGUAGGAAAGCACGUGGUGUCGCUGCAGGGCCCCGUGCUCUUUGAAGAAGCUCCUGUUAACGACGCUGCUCUGCUUUUGCUGGAGACUCCCUCCUCAUCGUGGGCCAAGGCUGGGACUCUGUCCCUUCUCCUCGUCAUUGGCACGGCAGUCGUUGCGCUCCUGUCUGCUGCCAUUGCCGUCAGGAGGCGCAGGAGCCGGGCUGUGGUGCUCGACGGGAGUGGCUAUUGAUGACGGCUUGUGAUUGCUGGAACUUGCAUAGCUUGCUGACCAUUGUCAAAAAUAAAAUUCUGACAUACGCUA